AUUGCCAUGGUGUGUCCGUCGCUCACCGAUAGCGUCACUUCCCCCGGCACCGGAAGUCAGCCUCAGGAAGUCGCUUAAAGAGAUGUUGACCCCGAGCCUCCUCAUCCUGUUCGGGAGCCAGACAGGGACUGCCCAGGACGUGGCAGAGAGGAUCAGUAGGGAGGCCCGGAGGAGGCGGCUCCAAUGUAGGGUUCAGGCACUGGAUUCUUACAAUGUGGUGAAUCUGAUUAAUGAACCACUGGUGAUAUUUGUUUGUGCAACUACAGGCCAAGGAGACCCCCCUGACAACAUGAAGAACUUCUGGAAGUUUAUAUUCCGAAAAAACCUGCCUCCUACCUCCCUCUGUCAAAUGGAUUAUGCUGUGCUGGGUCUCGGCGAUUCUUCCUAUGCCAAGUUUAAUUUUGUGGCCAAGAAACUACACCGGCGCCUGCUACAGCUUGGGGGUAGUGCACUCUUGCCCAUUGGUCUGGGCGAUGAUCAGCAUGACCUGGGGCCUGAUGCAGUUAUUGAUCCUUGGUUUCUAGACUUGUGGGGGAAAGUUUUGGGGUUGUAUCCUGUGCCUUCUGACCUUAAUGUAAUACCUGCUGAUACACCUUUGCCUUCAAGGUUCAUUUUAAACUUUUGUGAUGGAGUCCCAGGAAUUUCCUGUGAGGAGCAACAUGCAGAGAAUCAAAGGCCUGAAGAACUUCCCUCUGAGCACAAGCCUUUCCUGGCUCCUAUGGUCUCCAAUCAAAGAGUAACUGCCAAGUCACACUUCCAGGAUGUUCGGUUAAUUGAAUUUGACAUCACAGGCUCUGGAAUCAGCUUUACCGCUGGUGACAUUGUGAUGAUCCAGCCUCAGAACUCAGCCAGUGAUACCAAGCAAUUCUGUCACCUGCUCAAUCUGGACCCAGACCAGCAUUUUGUGCUGCAGCCUCGGGAGCCAGAUGUCAUCUGCCCAAUUCAGCUGCCUCAGCCUUGCACCAUCUAUCACCUUGUAUCCCACUACCUGGACAUCACCCGUGUUCCUCAUCGCUCUUUUUUUGAGAUCCUGGCCUGUCUCUCUCAACACCAGAUGGAACGUGAGAAGCUGCUUGAGUUCAGUUCUGCACAAGGCCAGGAAGAACUAUACAACUACUGUAAUAGACCUCGAAGGACCAUCUUGGAGGUCCUGGGUGAUUUCCCUCACUCAGCAGCUUCCAUCCCACCAGACUACCUGUUGGACCUCAUCCCCCCAAUCCGUCCCAGGGCCUACUCCAUUGCUUCUUCAUUGCUGGCUCAUCCUUUUAGGGUGCAGAUCAUUGUGGCUGUGGUGCAAUACCAGACUCGUCUCCGUAAACCCCGUCAGGGCCUUUGUACCUCCUGGUUGGCCUCCCUGGAUCCAAGCAGAGAACCAGUAAGAGUUCCCCUUUGGGUUCGAAACAGUGGGCUGACCUUCCCUUCAGAGCCUAACACUCCUGUGAUCAUGGUGGGUCCUGGCACUGGGGUUGCCCCCUUCCGUGCUGCUAUCCAGCAACGUGUGGCACAGGGCCAGACAGGAAACUAUCUGUUCUUUGGCUGUCGUCAGAAGGAAAAAGACUUUUACUGUGAGGCAGAGUGGCAAGAACUCAUUCAGAGAGGUUUCUUGACCCUCAUCACUGCUUUCUCCAGGGAUCAAGAGGAGAAGAUUUAUGUCCAGCACCGUCUCCAGGAGCAUGGAGCACUGGUGUGGGAGUUGCUGAACCAACAUGGAGCCUACUUUUACCUAGCUGGCAACGCCAAGUCCAUGCCAGCCUCUGUGUCAGAGGCAUUGACCUCACUGUUCAAAUCAGAGGGUGGACUCUCAGACCCUGAUGCUGCUGCCUACCUCACCAUGCUGGAACGAACCAUGCGCUUCCAAGCUGAGACCUGGGCUUGAUGGUCUUCACAACUCUCCUUCCCCUCCAGGGGCUCAUGCCUGAGGCUAACCAUCCGUCUGCCACCUCUUGGUCUAGAACACAUUCUCCAGGCCCUCUCUAGGGCCUACCCCACCUUGGGACUAGACCUCAACAAAUUCACCCUGUUCUGAAAUCUGGAUGUUUUCCUUUUCCACCGGGGAAACUGAUGAUCUUCAUUUGCUGUGGUGGAGCAGGGCCACAGUAUUUGAUUUUGUGAUUAGCUGGGGAAGUGGGAUUGAGGCACAAUUGACAAAGCAAUAAUAAUAUGGCAAAUUGAUCCCUUGCUUAGAGAGGAUGUGUAUAUAUACAUACAAACACACAUCUCAGCCAUCAUAGUGAGUGCCUGAAAGGAAAAGACUUGAGACUGAUCCAGAAGACAGGGCACUAAUGGUUCUGAGCUCUGACCCCAAGAGUUUGCUAGACAAGGAUCUCAAACCGUGGAGAUCCUAUUUUAGCUACAAAAGAAAACUUUUUCCUUCAGACUUUCUCUGAAGUUCUAGGCUUAAGAACACCUGGCCAGAGUUCCCCUCUCCCUCUUUCUACUGCGAAAAGGAGAGGAAGCUGGAGAAAUAGCCUAGGGUGAAUACAUAACAAAAGAAUGACUUCAGUGGAAAAAUUAGGGAAGUCUUCCUGGAGGAAGUUCUGAAAGAUCAUCUAUUGAUGGAAAGAGUAGGGUUGACUUGGGGAAGGAGGGAGGGCGGUAAGAGGAGAGUGGAGGAAGAUUGUGGGUGUAAGAACUGGAAGAACCUGAGCCCUUAAGACAGUCACGUCUCUACGGCUCCCCCAAGGCUUACCCUGAGGGAACCUGGGCUGGAGACUCGGAGUUGCCUCCUUCUCACCUGAUCUCAAUGCCUUAAACCCUGUAUAGGUGUGCACCCAUAAGGUCCAGUCAUCUUAAGUAGAGAGCACUUUUGCCCUCGGGAAAGAGCAAUGUCCCCUGACCUGGGAAGGACCUUCUCUAUAUUCUGGUCGGACCAGCAAGUAGGGAUUCUUUGCCCUGACUCAGCAGGGAGUGGUGACUCCAGAAAACCUCCCUUACAUCUGUAUUCCUUCUUCUAGGACAUGGUUUAGGACAUCUUAGGGGCCCAGAAUGCCUACUUUCUUCAUCAGGCCAUAGAGGAGCCAUGGCUUACCACCCUGGAUGAAGCCCUUGUUACUACCAAAAUUCCCUGUCUUACAUAAGAUAAUUGACAUUGUUUGUUCAUUGGCAUCAGCCUUCCCAUCACUCCUUCAAAACUUCAUUUCCUGAAGUCACUUCCCUCUCCCCAAACUAAAAAGGAGUCUUUGGAUUUGGGGGGAGGGUUCCCAGGCUUGUUUGGGGUUAUUUUGUAUGGGCAGUUACAUUGGGUAGGUAUAAAGAUGAAGCCACCUUGGUUUGGAGAGUCAGGCUGAAAAUAGAAUUGCAAUUUGUUAAAUCAUAACAGAAUGGAAACUGAAGCAUGUGUACUUAAUCAGUGCUGGUAUUGAGAACUUGGAGCUUAAAGGAUUUUUGUAAGUAAGUCCCAGUCCUAAAGGUGCUAUGGGCUGAAAAGGAAGCCUCUGGAAGACUGUUUCCCCAUCAUGGCUACACCCAGGAAGUGACUGGGAUGGGGAGUUGGGAACAAAACUACCACCCCUUCCCCUGGGGUUCUUUGGAGUCCAGUGUCCAAGUCAUCUCAAAAACACUCGUUGGGUAAAGGUAAGGGGUAGUAAUUUUGAUACAAGACAUUUACCUUUCCAUCCUCCCAGGCCUAUUUCACAAACCCUGCCAAAGCUGCCAUUUUUAAAUGACAUCAGAUGGUAAACAAUCUACAAUUUUAGAUUAUAAGGAUCAGAAAGCAAGAUGUUACCUGAUAGAUAAGGCUGCCCUAUCCCUCCUGACUAAGCCUGACUUCCAGCUGGGGGAAAUAAGCCUGUUCUUAAAAAUUCCUUUUCUGAGAUAUGAAAUAGUCACAGCUUUAUCUAAAGGGUCCUGAAGGAUAAGAAUGGAAAGUCCAACACAUCUGGGGACCUGUCAAGUUGACAUUAACCAUUCAUGACCUUCACCAAUUUCAAAUCUAAUUAUCUGUAUCAUUCCAUCUUUUUUACAAGAUUAUAUACCUUCAUUUUUUCAUCUCACUCUAGUUUCAACCCCUUACAAUUUGGCUUCUAUCCCAAUCAACAAGCAUCUGUUCAGUAAUUAGCCUGUUCUAAGGGGGGUCAGGGAUCUGUCCUGGCUCUCAAGGACCUUACAAUUUAAUGGGAGAAGAUAAAACACAAAAGGAAAGUUUGGGGGGAGUGGAUGAAGGUACCCAAUGAAAGGGUGUGUUGGAGAAGUCCCAAAGAAGUACAUAGCCAAGUAAGAAAUGAGGAAAGAGGUGUGUUCUUUGUCUUGAGAACACAUACUCAUGUAAAUGCAAGUGUGACACAUGAAUCUAGUCGUACCUUUUCCAUCCUGUCUUCCUGAAAAGUGUAUAAUAAACUAUGUAAUACUCA